AAUGAAAGUAAGGCAGUUGCGCGUGUCUCUAUGCUGCAAAAUGGCAGACGCUAAUAUUUCAUGGUCUUGGGAAGAAUUUAACUGUCCAGUCUGUCUGGAUAUACUGAAGGAUCCAGUUACCCUCAACUGUGGACACAGUUACUGUAUGAGCUGUAUUACAGGCUGCUGGGAUCAGGAUGAUCAGAAGAGAGUCUGCAGCUGCCCUCAGUGCAGACAGACCUUCAAUCCGAGACCUGUUUUAGGUAAAAACACCAUGCUGGCUGAAGUGGUGGAGAAACUCAAGAAGACAAAGCUACAAGCUGCUUGUCCUGAUCAAAAUAACGCAGAACCUGGAGAUGUGGAGUGUGACGUAUGUACUGGGAGAAAAUAUAAAGCUGUCAAGUCCUGUCUGGUGUGUCUGGAGUCUUAUUGUCAGACUCAUUUUAAACGCCAUGAAGAAUUUCACCCAGGAAAACGGCAUAAAGUGAUGGACGCCAGUACACAAUUACAGGAGAUGAUCUGCCCUCAACAUGAUAAAUUAAUGGAGGUUUUUUGUCGUAACGAUCAGCACUGUAUAUGUUAUUUGUGUAUGUUGGAUGAACACAAAAACCAUGACACCGUAUCAGCUGCAGCAGAGAGGACUGAGAAACAGAAACAGUUGGAGGAAAUUCAGAGAAAAUUCCAGCAGAGAAUGCAGGAGAGAAAGAAGGAGCUUGAGGAGCUGAAAAAGGCUGUAGAGUCUUACAAGCGCUCUGCACAGACAGCAGUGGAGGACAGUGAGAGGAUCUUUACUGAGCUGAUCCUCUCCAUUGAGAGAAGUCGAUCUGAGGUGAAACAGAUGAUCAGAGAUCAAGAGAAGGCUGCAGUGAGUCAAGCUGAAGAACAACUGAAGCGUCUGGAGCAGGAGAUUGAAGAUCUGAGGAGGAGAGACACUGAACUGGUUCAGCUUUCACACACAGACAAUCACAUCCAUUUCCUUCAGACUUUCCAGUCUCUCUCUGUUCCUCCUGGAUCUACAGAUUCUCCUGUCAGUCCUUGUCUCUCUUUUGAUGAAGUUGGUAAAACUGUGUCUCUUCUGAGAGAAUUUCUUGAACAUUUCUACAGAGAGGAGAUAGAAAAAAUAUCUAGUAAAGUAAGAUACAUUGAAAUAAUUCCUACCGCUGAACCCAGGACCAGGGAGGAGUUUUUACAAUGUAAGUCACUAUUAACAAGCAAACAAUCACACACACACACACACACACAAAAAAUGGUUUUGCUGUCUAUGAAAUUCUGAAGGAACAGAAUGAUGAAAUACACUGUGACAGACCAGUCAUAUCCUGAUCAUCCAGACAGAUUUGAUAACUGGUCACAGGUGUUGUGUAGAGAGAGCGUGUGGCGCUGUUACUGGGAGGUGGAGUGGAGCGGUGAGGUGGGUGUAUCAGUGUCAUAUAAUAGCAUCAGCAGGAAGGGAAAGGGAAGUGACUGUGGAUUUGGAUGCAAUGAUCAGUCCUGGAGUUUGUUUUGCUCUGAGUUCUGCUGCUCAUUUUAUCACAAAAUGGAUCUCAUUGAACUUCCCAGAGUCUCCAGCUCCUGUAGAAUAGGAGUGUAUGUGGAUCACGGUGCAGGAACUCUGUCCUUCUACAGCGUCUCUGACACAAUGACCCUCAUUCACAGAGUCCACACCACAUUCACUCAGCCUCUCUAUCCUGGGUUUGAAUUCAGUUCAGUAUAUAAACAUGCAUCAAAAGUGAAACUGUGCAAAUUAUAAAUAUGAUUGAUUUCAGAAUAAGAAAAAAAAAUCUUACACAAUCUUAUAAUUACUGCAGAAAUAAAUUAAUAUGAAAUUUGCAAUUGACGGAGCUAACACAAAUAAUAUUACACUUUUUAAGUCACAUGCAGGAUUAAUACCUUUUUACAAUCGAUGCCCCACAGUGUAUGUUGAUAAAAAUGGGUUUUAUUAAACAAAACAAAAACUUGGAUUAAGUUGAACUGAAUUAUACCCAGCCGUAUACAUAGCCCUUAAUUCAUCUUCAGGAGGACAGGAAAAAUGUAAAAUAAUUUUUCUUUCUGACUAGUAAUAUUAUAGCCAUUUAGGAGAUUUGGUGUUACUUUGUUGUUGUUUAUUUGAUCUAGACAUUUUCAUAGUGGGUUUUGAAAGAUGUUAAUUUACAAACUAGAGCAUAUCUACUUUGUUAAUUAGUAUCAGUAAUUUAAAUAUAUAUGGUUUGUUUGAUCAGCUUGAAUAAGAAUCAUAAAACCUUACUACAUUUUGUGUAUUUUCAUAAUUCUAUUAAUUUUGUUUACCACAGGAAGCAAUUUCACACAAUAAACAACUCUCUCCUUCUUGUCUAUA